CACUAGUAUCAUUAGUAUACAACGAUUAAGUGUGCACAGCUGACAUAUCGACGAUUUUCGACCUAGUAACAGUUUCUUGUUGUUUUCACAAUAUGUCGAUAAAGGUUGAGGGAAUCGAUAUUACGUUUAAACAGCUGACAUGCAAAGCAAAGACCGGAAUAUUCAAAAGAACUGAGAAAAAUAUUCUCGAUUGCAUUUCUGGUACAUUUCGAGCUGGCGAAUUAUCGGUUAUCCUCGGUCCCAGUGGUUCCGGACGUACAACACUUUUGAACAUACUAAGUGGACUAGUACAAGAUCAUUUUCAAGCAACCUUGACCAUAGAAGCGUCGCAUUACACUUCAAUUAGAAAUCAAUCUUCUUACAUCAUGCAGGACCAAAUGCUCCAUCCACUGUUGACGGUAGCCGAAGCAAUGGAUUUUGCAAUUCAAUUAAAAAGUGGAACGACAAACAACAACAAAGUUCAACGAAGGCAUAAAUGUGACGCAAUUUUGAAACAAUUAGGUUUGACUGACUUAGGUGACACAAUGACCGAGAAUUUAAGCGGUGGCGAAAGGAAACGAUUAUCAAUUGCUGUGGAACUGGUCAACGAUCCAUCGAUUUUAUUUCUCGAUGAACCGACGACCGGUUUAGAUUCAUAUUCAUCAUCAAAAUUUGUGGCUUAUCUCAGUGAGCUUGCAAGAUCUGGUAAAUCUAUUAUUUGCUCGAUUCACUCUCCGUCAGCGCUAAUGUUACAAGCAUUUGACCAUGUGUAUGCCAUAGCUGAAGGAAAAUGUAUUUAUCAAGGAUCAAACGACAAAUUGCUAGCGUUUCUAAAUGAAUUAAAUUUGUCUUGCCCUGAAUCCUUCAAUCCUGCUGACUAUUUAAUGGAAAUAGCGACGAAUCAAUACGGCCAUUUGAAUUAUGCAUUAACCGAGAAGAUUAAUAAUGGUCUGGACGAUAGCUAUAGAAAAGAAAUGUAUUUGCCAAAUGUCAACCAAUGUGCAACUCAGACAAAAAUCUGGAAGUACAAAUCGACGUUCGUUGAGCAGUUGCUUCUAUUGAUCCAAAGAAAUCUACUAUUAAUGAAACGGAACAGGAAAUAUUUGUUUCUGCGAUUCUCUGUUUCUAUAACACUAGCCAUCGUCACCGGCAUUUCAUUUUAUAAUUUAGGCCACCUUGCAAACCACAUAUUUGACAACUACAAGUUUAUCUACAGCACGACCCAAUUUUUAACUUAUUCAUCAUUUUACUCGUUGAUGAUCAGAUUUCCGAUCGAUCUUUCAAUUUUGAGAAGAGAACAUUUCAAUCGUUGGUAUUCGAGCUCAAGUUAUUAUUUAGCACUAACCAUAGCCGAUAUGCCAGCAUUACUUGGGGUCACAAUUGUCUUCAUUUCAAUAUCAUAUUAUAUGACAGGCCAGCCGAUAGAACAUCAACGCAUAAUACUGAUGUUUGUGGUCGGCAUUUUAAUAUCAUUUACUGCGCAAGCAUUUGGCUUGUUAGCUAGUUCAAUAUUUUCGGAUGUUACGAUUUCGUUGGUAAUCGGGGCGGGACUAAUGGCUGUGCAUAUGAUCUUUUGCGGAAUUUUGGUUUUGAAGAAGGACGUUCAACCAUGGCUAAAAUGGAUAUUUGACAUUACUUUCUUAAACCAUGGCAAUGAUGGAAUGGUCCUUGCUUUAUUCGGCUAUAAUCGAGAGAAAUUGGACUGCGAUAGAAUUUAUUGUCAUUAUGCUGAACCGAAAGAAUUCCUGAAAUUAAUUGAUGCUCCCAGUAGCAUUUCGUUUCACUCAUUUUUUAUAAUUCUUCUCAUUGUCCAUAGUUUUACUUAUAUCAAUAUGAUGAUAAAACUUAAGAAAAUAAAUUAAUUUGUAAAGAUAAUCGCCCAAAAACCACUUAUAGUGGAAGUGUGACGCAAGUCCUAAAAGACUUGAUAUCGGUUGGGAUGACGCUCACAGCUUUGAUAUGCAAAAAAUGCGUUACAAAUGGCAGAUUAUGAGAAUAACGAAAAUCACGAUUAAAAAAAUUGGUUUUUAAAAAUAAGUCACUAUUUCAUUAAAAUGAAUGUGCGUCACGUUGAUACGAACAUAAACUUAGUAAAACGAAAACCCUCGAACAAAAGACCUAUUAAAGAAUUCCGAUAUUUAUCUAAAAUCCACCCAAAUUGGAAUUUUCACU